AUGGAAAUCACACAAAAAACAAUAUCCUUCUGCUUGUUCUACAUUGUAUUCCUCUUGAUCAUUCUUGAUACUUCUGAAGCAAUUAUUACAAGUGAACAACCCAACCAUGAUAAAGCAGAAUCACUUACACUUAGUUUACAUCCUAUUGAUUCAUUACUUUAUACUACUUACCCAAAACUGUCUCCUGAAUCCCUAUUCAAACUAAAACUACAGAGGGAUCGAAUUAAGAUUCGAAGCUUAUCCAACAUCAUGGCAUUGGAAAGUUCUAACAAUGAUGGCAAUGACGAUUAUAAUUUUGAUUUUCCGGUUGCACCAGGUCCUUACUGGAAACUACCGAGACCAUCAUUACUUUUUGAGUACUUCACUGUGUUGAGAAUCGGUACAUCGCCAGCGACUGAGUAUGUACUUUUGAUGGAUACAGGAAGUUCUCUCACAUGGAUUCAAUGCUUGCCAUGUAAUACAUGUUAUGAUCAACUAUCUCCCAUAUUCGAUCCAAACCGGUCCGAAACAUAUUCGGUCAAGGAUUGUAAUCAACAUACAUCACUUUGCGAUGGAUGUAACGAUCGUGGAGAGUGCACUUACAGUUAUAUCUAUGGCGACGGAUCAUAUUCACAUGGACUAAUAUCUGAAGAAGUUUAUAGUGUCAGUGAACAUAUGAUGAAUUUGACUAUUGGGUGUGGGCAUAAUAAUAGCGGCACAUUUAAUUCUUCCGAUGGAAUAUUGGGGCUUGGUCGUGGUGAAUUCUCAUUUCCAUCUCAAAUUGAUCGUAAGUAUGGUUUCAAGAAGUUCUCUUAUUGUCUCGUCGAUAAGCCCAAGAAAGAACAACCUGUUAUAUCAUCAUCUAUAAGAUUUGGCAAUGACGUAUUAGAUCAACCGAACGAUGUAGUGUAUACACCGAUUAUUCCAAACUCCAAGUUUCCCGACCAAUACUACAUCAACCUCACUAGUAUUAGUGUAGCGGGUAAACUAAUACCUGUUCACCCGUCACUCCCUAAUGGAAUAGUAGUUGAUUCAGGAACUUCGCUCACUUGGCUUCCUUCGUCUGUUUAUGAAGCCAUACGUGAUUCAUUCCGUGAUGCCGCUCUCCAACUUGGCUGGAAACCUGCGUUAUCUAGAUAUCGUGACACUUGCUAUGAUUUGAGUUCAUAUACUGGGGGGAUUGACACUAUCAAAUCACCAGAGGUGAUUUUGCACUUCGGCGGUGAUGAUGAGGCAGCUGUGGAGUUGAAAGCUGAAAACGUUUUGUUUAAUUAUCCUUGGAUCGAUGAGAAUGUUUAUUGUCUCGCAUUUGGGCCAAGUUUAUACAAGGGGUUGGCGAUUCUCGGUAAUGUACAACAACAAGGAAUCCGUGUUGUGUUUGAUAAUGCUGCAUCAGUUAUUGGGUUUGAUCCAAAUAGCUGCUGA